GACGCACGCAUCAUAUCCAUGUUGGGAUAGGAAUCUGGAUUAUUUCUUGUUUAGAAAUAGAGCCUAACAGUAAUGAAUUAGAAUGAUUUCUUUAUGUUAUUGUUUAUUCUGGCUUAUUUUGGUUUGGGGGUAUUUGUGCCUUAUUCCUCCCUCUGUGGAGCCGAGCUGUGGCGGCGUCAUUGAAGGUGAUUAAGGACACCUGGGGUGAGUGUGGUAGGGGGAAAGUGGAACAGUUUUUCAACUGCAGCUUAGACGUGAUAGCGAUCUGAGUUGUUUAUUUUGUCAAGUUUAGUUUCUGCUGAAAGUUUUCUGUUAAUAAAUGUUUAAGUUGACUUUGGAUCUGCGGCUGCUGUUUGUUUUUUGAUAGCACGUUAAACCCGCUCAGCAGUGGCUUACCUGAAAGAUUAAGUUUGAAACCAUAACAAUACAAAAUACAGAAAAUCAGUGUCAAGUUUAAAUCCUGAAAUACUAUUAUUAUUAGUAUUUCAUAAAUAUCUGUAUUUAAGUGAACUCAAAGUGACCCGGCUGUUACCACAAUGCACCAGUAAUCACAGACAACAUGGUGACACCAGCACCACCAACCACCAUGUGGAGACACCAGCACCACUAUGUGGAGACACCAGCACCAGCAUGUGGUGACACCACACCAGCACCACCACCAUGUGGUGACACCACACCAGCACCACCAUGAGGUGACACCAGCACCACCAUGUGGAGACACCAGCACCACCAACCACCAUGUGGAGACACCAGCACCACCAUGUGGAGACACCAGCACCACUAUGUGGAGACACCAGCACCAGCAUGUGGUGACACCACACCAGCACCACCACCAUGUGGUGACACCACACCAGCACCACCAUGAGGUGACACCAGCACCACCAUGUGGAGACACCAGCACCACCAACCACCAUGUGGAGACACCAGCACCACCAUGUGGAGACACCAGCACCACCAUGUGGAGACACCAGCACCAGCAUGUGGUGACACCAGCACCACCACCAUGUGGUGACACCACACCAGCACCACCAUGAGGUGACACCAGCACCACCAACCACCAUCACCACCACCACCAUGUGGUGACACCAUGAGGUGGUGCUGGUGAGUUGGGAACCGGAGGGUCGCUGGUUCAAGUCCCAAUGUGGACCAUAAUAUGUAAGUUGGUCUGGUAGCUGGAGAGGUGCCUGGACACUUCCAGAGCACUGCCAAAGUGCCCUUGAGCUGUUAACAGUCAUAUCAAUCAUCAAU